AUGCCUCCGAGUGACGCCAAUGCCAAACUAGAGCUACCAUUCAACCCUGACAUAGACAAGAUUGAUGAGGAAGGAUACACGCAGCUUUACAAGGCAGCUUUAGAAGGUCAUCUCGAAGAUGUUGAUGAUCUCAUUUCACGGGGAGCCAAUCCAAAUAAACCAAGUAAAGGUGGACUCCGUCCUUUUCAUGCAGCGGCUCAAGAAGGACAUGCUCACAUCGUUGACUUCCUCAUCCUUCAAGGAGCGGACGUAAAUGAAGAAGAUGAAAAAGGAAAAACCCCUCUCAUUGGUGCAGCUAUUCGAGGUCACAUGAAAGUCAUGGAAUAUCUCAUUCAGCAUGGGUCUGAUGUGAACAAGGCAGAUGCCGAGGGUUGGACUCCAUCUCAUGGUGCUGUUCAAGGGGGCCAUCUAGAAGCCGUCAAAUACCUCGUGGCUGAAGGAGCAAAGCAGAACAGCUAUGAUGGAUUAACCACGCUCUUUGCAGCUGCACAUUUGGGUCAUUCAGACAUCGUGGAAUACUUCAUUUCUAAAGGAGCUGAUAUAAAUGAAACAGAUGACAAAGGAAGGAUUCCUCUCCACGCUGCAGCUUCUGGAGGCCACGUGAAAGUCAUGGAAUAUCUCAUUCAGAAAGGAUCUGAUGUGAACAAGGCAGAUGCCGAGGGUUGGACUCCAUUCAAUGCUGCUGUUCAGUAUGGCCAUCUAGAAGCCGUCAAAUAUCUCAUGACUCAAGGAGCGAAGAAGGACGGCUAUGAUGGAAUGACCCCUCUCUAUGUCGCCGCACGAUUGGGUCAUUUGCACAUCGUGGAUUACUUCUUUUCCAACGGAGCUGAUGUGAAUGAGGUAACUGACAAAGGGAAUAUUCCUCUCCAUGGUGCAGCUGAUCGAGGCCACUUGAAAGUCAUGGAAUAUCUCAUUCAGAAAGGGUCUGAUGUGAACAAGGCAGAUGCCGAGGGUUGGACUCCAUUCAAUGCUGCUGUUCAGUAUGGCCAUCUAGAAGCUGUCAAAUAUCUCAUGACUCAAGGAGCGAAGCAGAACCGUUACGAUGGGAUGACCCCAGUCUACGCUGCAGCGUAUUUUGGUCGUUUAGACAUUAUCAAAUUCUUCAUAUCCGAAGGAGCUAAUGUGAACGAAGAAAAUGACAAAGGGAAUAUUCCUCUCCAUGGUGCAGCUACUCAAAGCCACUUAAAAGUCAUGGAAUAUCUCAUUCGGCAAGGAUCUGAUGUGAACAAAGGUGACAUCAAGGGCUGGACGCCAUUCAAUGCUGCAGUUCAAUAUGGCAAUGUAGAAGCAGUCAAAUACCUCAUGACUAAAGGAACGAAGCAGAACAGAUAUGAUGGAAUGACCCCUCUCUAUGCCGCCGCACGAUUUGGUCAUUUGCACAUCGUCAAACUCUUCAUUUCCAAAGGAGCUGAUGUGAACGAAGAAACUGACACAGGGAUGUGUCCUCUUCAUGCUGCAGCUAAUGAAGGCCACUUGGAAGUCAUGGAAUAUCUCAUUCAGCAAGGAUCUAAUGUUAACGAAGGUUACGUCAAGGGUUCGACUCCAUUCAAUGCUGCUGUAAAAUAUGGCAAUGUAAAAGCAGUCAAAUAUCUUAUUGCUGAAGGAGCGAAGCAGAACAGAUAUGCUAAGAUGACCCCGUUGUAUGCAGCAGCAGUAUUUGGCCAUCUCGAUCUUGUCAAAUUCUUCACUUCCAAAGGAGCUGAUGUGAACGAAGAAGAUGACAAAGGGAAGAUUCCUCUCCACGGUGCAGCUAAUCGACGCCAAAUGAAAGUCAUGGAAUAUCUCAUUCAGCAAGGAUCUGAUGUGAACAAGAAAGAUGCCGAUGGGUGGACUCCAUUCAAUGCUGCCGUUCAGUAUGGCCAUCUAGACGCUGUCAAAUAUCUCAUGACUAAAGGAGCGAGGCAGAACAGAUAUGCUAGUAUGACCCCGUUGUAUGCCGCAGCAGUAUUUGGCCAUCUCGAUCUUGUCAGAUACUUCAUUUCAAAAGGAGCUGAUGUAAACCAAAAAGAUAACAAAGGGAUGGUCCCUCUUUAUGGUGCAACUCUUAAAGGCAACAUAGAAAUCAUGGAAUAUCUUAUUCAGAACGGAUCUGAUGUGAACAAGAAAAAUAACGCCGGGAUGACUCCGUUCAAUGCUGCUGUUGAAUGUGGCCAUCUAGAAGCCGUCAAAUAUCUCAUGACUCAAGGAGCGAAGAAGGACUGCUAUGAUGGAAUGACCCCUCUCUAUGCCGCCGCACGAUUGGGUCAUUUGCACAUCGUGGAUUACUUCUUUUCCAACGGAGCUGAUGUGAAUGAGGUAACUGACAAAGGGGAUAUUCCUCUCCAUGGUGCAGCUGAUCGAGGCCACUUGAAAGUCAUGGAAUAUCUCAUUCAGAAAGGGUCUGAUGUGAACAAGGCAGAUGCCGAGGGUUGGACUCCAUUCAAUGCUGCUGUUCAGUAUGGCCAUCUAGAAGCUGUCAAAUAUCUCAUGACUCAAGGAGCGAAGCAGAACCGUUACGAUGGGAUGACGCCAGUCUACGCUGCAGCGUAUUUUGGUCAUUUAGACAUUAUCAAAUUCUUCAUAUCCGAAGGAGCUAAUGUGAACGAAGAAAAUGACAAAGGGAAUAUUCCUCUCCAUGGUGCAGCUACUCAAAGCCACUUAAAAGUCAUGGAAUAUCUCAUUCGGCAAGGAUCUGAUGUAAACAAAAGUGACGUCAAGGGCUGGACGCCAUUCAAUGCUGCAGUUCAAUAUGGCAAUGUAGAAGCAGUCAAAUACCUCAUGACUAAAGGAACGAAGCAGAACAGAUAUGAUGGAAUGACCCCUCUCUAUGCCGCCGCACAAUUUGGUCAUUUGCACAUCGUCAAACUCUUCAUUUCCAAAGGAGCUGAUGUGAACGAAGAAACUGACAAAGUGAUGUGUCCUCUUCAUGCUGCAGCUAAGAAAGGCCACUUGGAAGUCAUGGAAUAUCUCAUUCAGCAAGGAUCUAAUGUUAACAAAGGUUACGUCAAGGGUUCGACUCCAUUCAAUGCUGCUGUAAAAUAUGGCAAUGUAAAAGCAGUCAAAUAUCUCAUUGCUGAAGGAGCGAAGCAGAACAGAUAUGCUAAGAUGACCCCGUUGUAUACAGCAGCAGUAUUUGGCCAUCUCGAUCUUGUCAAAUUCUUCACUUCCGAAGGAGCUGAUGUGAACGAAGAAGAUGACAAAGGGAAGAUUCCUCUCCACGGUGCAGCUAAUCGAGGCCGAAUGAAAGUCAUGGAAUAUCUCAUUCAGCAAGGAUCUGAUGUGAACAAGAAAGAUGCCGAUGGGUGGACUCCAUUCAAUGCUGCCGUUCAGUAUGGCCAUCUAGACGCUGUCAAAUAUCUCAUGACUAAAGGAGCGAAGCAGAACAGAUAUGCUAGUAUGACCCCGUUGUAUGCCGCAGCAGUAUUUGGCCAUCUCGAUCUUGUCAGAUACUUCAUUUCAAAAGGAGCUGAUGUAAACCAAAAAGAUAACAAAGGGAUGGUCCCUCUUUAUGGUGCAGCUCUUAAAGGCAACAUAGAAAUCAUGGAAUAUCUUAUUCAGAACGGAUCUGAUGUGAACAAGAAAAAUAACGCCGGGAUGACUCCGUUCAAUGCUGCUGUUGAAUGUGGCCAUCUAGAAGCCGUCAAAUAUCUCAUGACUCAAGGAGCGAAGAAGGACGGCUAUGAUGGAAUGACCCCUCUCUAUGUCGCCGCACGAUUGGGUCAUUUGCACAUCGUGGAUUACUUCUUUUCCAACGGAGCUGAUGUGAAUGAGGUAACUGACAAAGGGAAUAUUCCUCUCCAUGGUGCAGCUGAUCGAGGCCACUUGAAAGUCAUGGAAUAUCUCAUUCAGAAAGGGUCUGAUGUGAACAAAGCAGAUGCCGAGGGUUGGACUCCAUUCAAUGCUGCUGUUCAGUAUGGCCAUCUAGAAGCUGUCAAAUAUCUCAUGACUCAAGGAGCGAAGCAGAACCGUUACGAUGGGAUGACGCCAGUCUACGCUGCAGCGUAUUUUGGUCAUUUAGACAUUAUCAAAUUCUUCAUAUCCGAAGGAGCUAAUGUGAACGAAGAAAAUGACAAAGGGAAUAUUCCUCUCCAUGGUGCAGCUACUCAAAGCCACUUAAAAGUCAUGGAAUAUCUCAUUCGGCAAGGAUCUGAUGUGAACAAAGGUGACAUCAAGGGCUGGACGCCAUUCAAUGCUGCAGUUCAAUAUGGCAAUGUAGAAGCAGUCAAAUACCUCAUGACUGAAGGAACGAAGCAGAACAGAUAUGAUGGAAUAACCCCACUUUAUACUGCAGCAGUACUUGGUUAUUUAGACAUCGUCAAAUACCUCAUAUCCAAUGCAGCUGAUGUGAACGAAGAAAAUGACAAAGGGGAGAUUCCUCUUCACGCUGCAGCUAUUCAAGGCCAAACGAAAGUCAUGGAAUAUCUCAUUCAGCAAGGAUCUGAUGUGAACAAAAAAGAUAACACCGGGAUGACUCCAUUUAAUGCUGCCGUUCAACAUGGCCGUCUAGAAUCCGUCAAAUGCCUCAUGACUGUAGUAACAAAGCAGAACAGAUAUGAUGGUAUGGCCCCACUUUAUACUGCAGCAGUACUUGGUUAUUUAGACAUCGUCAAAUACCUCAUAUCCAAUGCAGCUGAUGUGAACGAAGAAAAUGACAAAGGGGAGAUUCCUCUUCACGCUGCAGCUAUUCAAGGCCAAACGAAAGUCAUGGAAUAUCUCAUUCAGCAAGGAUCUGAUGUGAACAAAAAAGAUAACACCGGGAUGACUCCAUUUAAUGUUGCCGUUCAAAAUGGCCAUCUAGAAGCUGUUAAAUAUCUCAUGACCAAAGGAGCAGUGCAGAACAUAUGUGAUGGAAUGACACCACUCUAUAAAGCAGCAGUACUUGGUCAUUUACAUAUCGUUGAAUUCUUCAUAUCCAAAGGAGCUGAUGUGAACAAAGAAGUUGACAAAGGGAUGAUUCCUCUCCAUGGUGCAGCUUCUGGUGGCCACUUAGAAGUCAUUGAAUAUCUAAUUCAGCACGGUUCCGAUGUCAACAAGACGGAUUGCACAGGUGGGACACCAUUCAAUGCUGCAGUCAGAAACGGCCAUUUAGAAGUUGUCAAAUUUCUUUUUGCAAAAAGAGUUCAGGGUACCAGGUUUAAAGGAUUGACCCCGCUUUACAUCGCGACACAGUAUGACCAUGUUGACGUGGUAAAAUUCCUUGUCCUCAAUGGAUAUGAUGCGACCGAAAGAAAUGAAUGCGGCAAGUCCCCUCUUCAUGCAGCAUGUUACAAUGGCAACGUGGAUAUCGUGAAAUUUCUCGUUCACCACAACGCUAAUGUCAAUGAACAGGAUCAUGAUGGAUGGACACCACUAGAAGCCGCUGCACAAGAAGGACACCAGGACAUAGUCGAGUACCUUACAUUGAAUGGAGCAUAUAUGAAUCUGAAGGAUAUGGAUGGUUUGACGCCGCUGCAGGCAGCAGUGAACGCAGGUCAUCUGAAUGCAAUAGAAGGCAUCUUAUCCUGUAGAGGUGACCCUGAUGAAGAAGAAACAGGCGAUCCCCGAACCAGUGGCUACCAGAAUCUCAUCAGCAGAGGAAAUGUGACUGUAUCACUGAAGGAUGCAGACACGCAGUCACGUACAGGAGAGUUAGCUUCUCAGGUAGACAAUGCAGAGGAUGGGAAUGAAUGCACCCUAGCUGAUAAUGCGAAGAGAGGAGCCGAUGAACUCUCCUUGAAGAAUCUUCUCACAAGGACCCAUGAUAAUGAAAAGAGUGGCAAUGAAGAACGCAGUCCUUUCAAUCAUGCUAAGCUGAAAUAUCCUGACAGAGAUGAAGAAGAUCCAAUGCUAGAUCAGAUGGAAGCAAUGAAGAGCCAUGUGACAAUAAAUGGCACAGACUGUUCUUCCCCGCAUGGACCCCAGAAGUGGCAAUACAGCGGAUUCGAUCCACCCGUUCUACAAACCAUGGAGACUGACCAUCGUCCGUCUGAAGAACCGGAAUCCAGAUGUCAUUCACUAAUUGACGAAAACAGGGAAAUGAGAGAAUCUCCUUCACCGAUGGAAGCUGUAAAUGAUCUACCAAUCAACGUAACUUCAACGGAUUUAGAGAGGUACUAG